AUGAAGUUCACAGAGGGAAUGUGGUGCUUGCGGGAGGGAGUUAACAUCGAAUGGAUGAGCAAUGUCGAAAGACUGCGUGUCCAGCAGGAAACGGUCGAUCUACUACUGAACAAGUUUCAGAGACACCGCGGUGAUACUUUGAAUUCGCCGACCAUCUCAGCAAAGGUGACUUCGCCUUUAGACGGGAUUAUUGGCGUGAAGCUUGUUCAUUGGGCCGGGAAUGUCGACAAUGGCCCUCACUACGCCAUCAACCAAGAAACCGGACACACCACAAUCACCCAGAACCAAGAUACCAAGAAACUCACCUACGCCAGUGGACCGCUUUCCCUAGACAUAAAUUCCAAUCCCAACGAACUAGACUUCGUCUUUCGCAGCGAAUCCGCCAAAAAGCUCACAGGCCAUUCAUUCCGAUCAAUCGGGUACGUCCGUGACACGCGCAGCGUCAAAUACGACACCGCAGAUGGAAUCUACGCCGAGAAACAAGGUUACAUGCUAGCCGAACUAGAUCUCGGCGUCGGGGAAAAGGUUUACGGUCUCGGUGAGAGAUUCGGUCCCCUUGUCAAAAACGGACAGACGGUCGAUAUCUGGAAUGAGGAUGGAGGUACGAGCUCCGAGCUUGCGUAUAAGAAUAUCCCAUUCUAUAUCUCGUCCAAGGGGUACGGGGUCUUUGUCAAUCAUCCGGGUAAAGUGAGUUUGGAAGUACAGUCUGAGCGCACGACGCGGGUGAAUAUCUCUGUCUCUGGCGAGGAACUUGAAUACUUUGUGAUUUUUGGAACGUCGCCAAAGGAUGUGCUCAGGCGGUAUACUACGCUUACGGGGAAACCGGCGCUUGUUCCGGCGUGGAGCUAUAAUCUUUGGCUGACGACGAGUUUUACGACGAAUUAUGAUGAGCAGACUGUUACGGGGUUUUUGGAUGGGUUUAAAGAGAGGGACAUUCCGCUGGGUGUAUUUCAUUUCGACUGUUUCUGGAUGAAGUCAUAUCAAUGGUGUGAUUUUGAUUUCGAUGAUGAGAUGUUUCCUGAUGCCGCGGGCUAUCUUCAGAGAUUGAAAGAUCGAGGAUUGAGGAUCAGUGUGUGGAUCAAUCCAUAUGUCGGGCAGGCUUCUCCCCUGUUUGAGGAAGGGAAGAAAAAUGGUUACUUUAUCAAGCGCACUGAUGACUCCGUCUGGCAAUGGGAUUUCUGGCAAGCCGGUAUGGCCGUCGUGGACUUUACCAAUCCCGCAGCAUGCACCUGGUACACCAACCAUCUAGAAAGACUCAUGGACAUGGGAGUCGACAGUUUCAAAACCGACUUCGCGGAACGAAUCCCAGUAAAAGGUAUAAAAUACCACGACAACUCAGACCCCGCCCGAAUGCACAACUACUACGCCCUCCUCUACAACCGCAUCGUCUACAACGCGCUAAACGCCCGCGUUGGCACAAACCAAGGCCUCCUCUUCGCGCGCAGCGCCGCCCCCGGUGGCCAGCAAUUCCCCGUUCACUGGGGUGGCGACUGCGAGAGCACCUUCGAAGCAAUGGCCGAGUCCCUGCGCGGUGGACUGAGCUUAAUGCUUAGCGGGUAUAUCUUCUGGGCAUCGGAUAUCGGAGGCUUCGAAGGAACGCCGCCGCCGGCAUUGUAUAAGCGAUGGGUACAAUUUGGACUUUUGUCUUCGCAUUCGCGACUUCAUGGGUCCAGUUCGUUCCGGGUUCCGUGGAUAUAUGGCGAGGACUGCUCGGAUGUUUUGCGGGAUUGUGUGAAGAGGAAGAUUCUGCUUACGCCGUAUAUCUUGCAAGAAGCUCUGCGGGGUCAUCGGGAGGGUGUGCCGCUUAUGAGGGCGCUUUUCCUUGAGUUUCCGCAGGAUUUGAAUACAUAUGCUGUUGAUACGCAGUAUAUGUUUGGGUCGAAUUUGAUGGUUGCGCCUGUUUUCUCGGAAGAGGGCGAGGUCACCUUUUAUGUGCCUCGGGUUGAGGAUGAGAGCCAGGGAACUUGGGUCAGCUGGUUUGAUUAUUCGAAAACUUAUGAGGGUGGCCGAUGGUAUACUGAAACUCAUGGUUUUGACACACUGCCCAUUCUUGUUCGGCCGGGAACAGUGACAAUCACGAACCCCUUGCUGAAGGCACCCGAGGAUGCAGCAUUGGAGGGCAUUCAACUGUUGGUCAAUGGCAGAUUAGAUGGUAAAGCUUCGGUGGAUAUUGUGGAUCCUGGUCAAACGGGUGAGGUCUUGAAAACCAUUCAGGUCUCUCCUGCCGCGGAUGGGAAGAGCGUUGAGGUUGAAGGACAAGAAAUCGAGGUGAUCUACUUGCAUAAGUGA